GUGAAAGCUAGAUGGAAUUAUUUAUUUAUUUAUUUUCUAUGGAAUCAAUAAUGAAUAUUGGUAAAGUCAUCUGAAGUCUUAUUUGUCCAUUCAUUGUAAAAUCACAGUGGAUAUAGUCCCAAAUCCCAAUUCAUAGAUUAUUCAUCCUCAUUCAAUAUGGAAGCACCGACGUUGCAGUCCAGAUUCCGAUUCCCUCGAUUGUCCUCAACCCCACGUUUAUGUGAUACACACCCUCACCAAUGCAAGGUGGAUGUGCCCGAGAACUCGCCCGAAAGAUUUCACUCUCUAACUGUUAAAAAGGUUCUUAGAAGAUCUGUUGUGCAGUUCCUCGGACUGAACUCUAUUCUCUUUAAUGUGCGUACUGUCACAGCUGCAACAAUGCCGGAGACAAAAGAAUCCGAUGUUGUACGGUAAUGUCUAUUUGUUGCUCUUCCAAUAUGCUUUAAUUUUCCUUGCAUUAGCGCAAGUGCAUUGUUCUGUCUCAUUGAUUGUUGUUUGGAAUUGAAGUCUUUUUCCAGGAAUCUAGAGCUUGCUAGUGGAGUGAGGAUACAAGGUAAAGGAGUUGUUUAAAGUGGUAGAAUUGUAAUUUA